GACACGUUUCCCCUGUGUUUCCAGGAUGCUCAGGAAAUCCAGACGCGAAGCGAUUAUACGACGACCUCUUGUCGAAUUACAACAAGCUGGUUCGUCCAGUGGUCAACGUCACAGACGCCCUCACCGUUAAAAUAAAGCUCAAGCUUUCGCAGCUCAUCGAUGUGAAUUUGAAGAAUCAGAUCAUGACGACGAACCUCUGGGUCGAGCAGGUAAUAUAUCCUAAAAGAUUUACGUAACGUAGAAAUUAAAGAGGAUAUUUAUUAAGUCGCGUAAUGUAAC